GGAGGUCGUGGGUUCGAAUCCCGCAUCGUUCAUAUAAUUUUGUUUUUCAAAUUUUAUUUGUGCAUUAAUCCUAGAAGUGAGGGUUAUCACUUUAAAAAAACACUACAUAUUCUUUAACUAACUGUGCAACCUCAUCAUCAUUUGAAUCAUGAUUAUCUGUCCCAUUGUAAAUUAGUAUAAACCAAAUAUUAUUUGCAAAAAACUAUGUAUCCUAGCCAAAGAGAAAAAAAGAUUAUUUUUAAAUUAAUUUUCUACAUUGCAGUUAAACUAGCAGCUAGUAAUGAACUGUUGGAUGAAAUGUACACAGAACUGAUCAAUCCAUGUAAUAAGAGUGGGAUGUCUACAUCUGACUUGAACUUAAAACACACUGGUGAAAAACUUCACUCUUGCAAUGAAUGUGGUAAGAGUUUCAAUCAUUCUGGCCAUUUGAAGAACCAUAUAAGAGUACAUACCGGUGAUAAACCUUUUUCAUGUGAUGAGUGUGGUAAGAGUUUCACUGUAUCUGCUACUUUAAGAAACCAUAAAAAAAUACAUACCGGUGUUAGACCUUAUUCAUGCGAUGUUUGUGGCAAAAGUUUCAAUCAUUCCACUACUUUUAAGAACCACAAAAGAAUACAUACCGGUGAGAAGCCUUACUCGUGCGAUGUGUGUGGUAAGAGUUUCAAUGAAUCUGGUUCAUUGAAGAAGCAUAAUAGAAUACAUACCGGAGAUAAACCUUACUCAUGCCACAUGUGUGGUAAGAGUUUCACUGAAUAUGGAACUUUAAGGAACCAUACACGAUUGCAUACCGGUGAUAAACCCUAUUCAUGUGAUGCAUGUGGUAAGAGAUUCAAUGAAUUAAGAACAUUGACAAACCACAAAAGAAUACAUACAGGUGAUAAACCUUACUCAUGCGGUGUAUGUGGUAAGAGUUUCAAUCGAGAGGAUAAUCUGAAGACACAUAGUAGAAUACAUACCGGUGAUAGGCCUUAUUCGUGCAAUGUGUGUGGUAAGAAUUUCAAUCGCUAUGAUAAUCUGAAGACACAUAGUAGAAUACAUACCGGUGAACAUCCAUAUAUAUGUAACAUUUGUCCACUGAAAUUUAAAUGGAAAAAAGGUCUCGACAAACAUUUAGAAAGACACAAUAAUACAUAAUUAUUAUUACUUGCAUAGAUUUCUAUUGUAGCCUCCUUCUUUAGUAGUGUCUAGUAUUUUAGAAAUGACAUCAAAAAAAAUUCUGAAGGAAUCAAUUUUGGGAAAAAAAAAUGCCUUUUAUAGAUAAUUACUGUCCAAUUUUUUAAUAUUCUCAGCAAUGGAAACUGUUGUCCACACACGUAUUUAUCCCGCGCUGAGUGCAUUUAUUCCUGAGAAACAACAUGGUUUCAUGAGCGGGCGUUGUACAACUAUUAAUUAAGGCUGAUUCAUGAACUGUUUUGUGUCAAAUAUGGAUGGUGGCUCUUAGAUUGGUGUGAUCUAUAUACUUUGAGAAGGCAUUCGAUCGAGUGGACCAAAAGAGGAUGUAAAUACUACGUAAUAAGUGUCCGGACUGCCUAAGUAGAAAUUAAAAUUUAAUUUAGUAUAAACGUGCAGUCAUUUGACAUAUAUCGUGAUUGGCGACGAAGUAUAAUCCGGCUAAGUUUCGAAGCGAUCAGUUGCUUAAAACGUCGUCGAUUUCGGCUAUCUCUGUUUUUUACAAGAUUAUAACCAUCAAUCUAUCAAUGAUAUGUUUCAUACAAUCGAGUGAAACGCUUUUUGGAGUUUACUACUUAAGAAUCGAUUUUCAUAUAAGGCGCCCGGUAUUAGAAUAUGGGAGUAAAACCUACUCAUCAAAUGGGAUAGUAACGUUUUGUGUGCGAAUCAUUUCUCGUGCACCUUUCACUUUCUUGUAUUUUGAAGCUUUAGUAUAUUAUUUUCAUUAAUACGCUUUUAUUAGCUUCUGUUUGUAACCGACUCCAUUGGACUUGAUUUUGUUUAGUGCCUGUUCAAAGGCAAUCGUUCUUGAGGAGUGUUCCAGUCGUGCAUCGGAGCUGACACACACACUCUUGUUCUUAUAGAAGUUCGCUAGGCUGGAGUGAACCAUGUUAAUCUGUAUCUUCAAGAAUUGUAACAAUGAAUAAAAUAUAUUUUAUAUUCAAUAAA